AUUUAAAGAGGCAUUUUAUCUCUUUUAUUUUACAUUUCUUUAAUUUGUAUUACCAACAUGGCUGGUUCCUCUAACGUUUAUUUAAAGCAUGCUCGCUACGGCAAAGAUCUUGUCCGCCUUUUGAGAGUAUACAAAGAAGGCGACGUUCAACACUGUACAGAAUUGACUGUGAGACUCUUACUUGAAGGCGAUAUCGAGACAUCCUAUACAAAAGCAGAUAACUCGGUUGUUGUUGCUACUGAUACUUGCAAGAAUACUGUAAAUAUUUUGGCCAAGCGUAGUGCUAAUGUUGAUAACAUUGAAAUAUUUGCUCAAGAAAUCACUGAACAUGUCUUGAAGCAAUAUGCUCAUAUUUCUGGCGCUUUCGUUGAUAUCAUUAAGCACAAAUGGACACGUAUGAUUGUUGAUGGAAAGCCCCACAAUCACUCAUUUGUACGUGAUGGAGAAGAUAUCCAGACGACUUCUGUGAAGCAUUACCGUGCUGGAAACAGGAUUCAUAUCACUUCUGGCCUCGAAAAACUUUUGGUCCUCAAGACGACUGGCUCUGCCUUCCAUGGUUUCUAUAGAGAUGAAUAUACUACCCUUCAGGAUACCUGGGACCGUAUCUUCUCAACUGCUGUAGACGCAAAGUGGACAUUUGCUUCCAAUUCUAGUGAUGUGCUUCGUAAGAUUGAUUAUAAGGCAAUUCAUGCAGGUGUUAGACAGAUCACGUGUGAUACAUUUGCAAAGGACGAUUCUGCCUCAGUUCAAGCCACACUCUACCUUAUGCAGCAGCAAAUACUUGCAAAAUAUCCUCAAAUUGCUGAGGUUUCCUAUGCCUUACCGAACAAGCACUACGUUGGCAUUGAUUUGAGCAAAUUUAACAUUGAUAACACAGGCAAGAACACUUCUGUAUACUAUCCUCAACCUGACCCAUCUGGUCUUAUUACUGCUGUUGCCGCCCGUAAAGAUUCCAAAUUAUAAAUAAAAACUUUCUUUUGUGCAUAAAGAGCUUUGUUAUCUGAAGGUG